AUGAGUGAAUAAAAUUAAGAAAUAGAUAUGAUUUUAUAAUAAUAGGCAUUUAGAUAAAAUAUUCCUAUAAAUUUUCUAAGAGAAAAAAUUUAUCCAGAAUUAUAUGAAGCAUUUUUAAAUCUUAUAGAUCAUGUAACAAAAACAGACGAAAUAAGAAAGCAUUAAGAAAAAUUAAAAAGAAAAAAAGUUUUUGAUAAAUUAGAAUAAAAGAAAAUUGAAAAAGAAAGAUUAAAAAUGGAAUUGGGAAGCGAAUAUGAAAGUAGUGAUGAAGAAAGUUUAAAUUGUGAAGAAUUUGGCCUAGAAAAAGAGGAACUUCAAAAAAUUUUAAAUGAAAGAUAAUUUAAGAAAAAAGACGACGAUGAUGAAAAUUAAGAAGAUAUUAAGGAUGAUAAUGAAGAUUCAGAAUCUUUAAAUAAUAAAUCAAAAACUAAUUUAGAAGACUCGACGAUUAAUAAUUAAAGAAAAUAAUCAGCAUUAAGAGAAAAUCUAGGAUAAAUAGAAGAAAAUGAAGAAAGAGAAGAAGGAAAUGAAAACGAUGAUAUUUUGGCUGAAAGGGAAAAAAUAAAAAACUAAUUAAAAGAACAAAGAGAAAGUAUGGGAUUUAAUCCAUUAAAAUUUUUAGCCUUAAAAUUAAAAGAAAUACAUUACACUAAUAAAAAUAAUGAAAAAAAUAAAUAAAAUUGA